AUGUUCAAAGGUAUAAAUAUUCAUUCAAUAAUUUUAGAUUUGGAGGAUUAUAUGAGAAAUCAGUCUUUCUCUGUUAAUAAGGUAAGAAAACCUAUAAUUUUUAAAGAUUUAUUAGAAUACUAAUCUAUUAUACUUUAUCAUCGAUGA